GUAGCCAGAGACCCGCUGUGUGCAUGGCUGUCCUGUAGGUGUCCUGGGCGGGGAGAGGCUGCCUCGUUUGACGUCAGGAGGGGAAACUGUGUGCCCUGUUUCGGGGCAGAGCCUCAGGACGUCUCCCUCAACACGCAAAACCCGAACCCGGUGACCAGAUCCCCUCUGUCGCCUUGGCAACCUAAACCCAGACGGGUGUAGCACCGGGCGCUGUUUAUUCUGGUGACCUCCGCGGCGUAAAGUAGAUCCGAGACACACCGGAUACGACAGCCGUUACCGGGAGAAAGACUUCCGUUGAGGAGCUCGGAGGUGGGAGAGUCGUUUCGGUCGAUAUUUACUAGAAAGCAUCGGCAUGUAGAGGCUCAGUGUCGAGGCCGUCCGUCAUGAAGAAGCGAGCCAACAAGGUGCCGGAGGAGGGCGAGACGUUGUGCUGCUGUGAGUAUGUGAACAGAGUCGGGGAGCGAAGCCAUGUAGCAGCCUGCUGCUGUGACUGUGAGGACCUGGAUGAUGUCUGCGACAGGUUCCUGAAGAGGGAGCCUCAGAAAUCUGGAUCCUUGUCACAGGUGACUGAAGUUUUCACAGAUCGGCUUCGUGUGCCCUGGUUUUGGGGUGGAGCCCGAAAAGUGGACCUGUCCAUCAUCCCUCCUCUUGUUCUCCUUCCUGCCUUGCUACACCUCGCUGCUCUUCAUUUCCUGCUCGGCAUGGUGGUUCUGACAGCUCUGCCCGUUCUGGUUUUGUGGUACUACUACUUCACUCACCGCAAGAAGGGAAGGACACUCUUCUUCCUCAGCCUGGCCCUCUUCUCCCUGGGAUACAUGUACUACUUGUUCCUCACAGAGGUGCGUCCCAGUGGGGAUGUCGGCCAUGUUCAGGUAGCUGUGGUAACUGUAGGGGUCAUACUCACCCUGGCAGCCCUUGUCUACACCAAGAGAGAACCUGGCAUUGUGCGACCAAACCAAGCGUCUGUCCAUAGCACGGUGACGUAUUACGGCCCUCUGCCGGACAGAGACCCUGCCUUCAACGGUGGGAGGCAGGAUGUGACGAUGACAGUAUCCAACCGGGCGGGAUCGUCAGAGCAGGCAGGGGUGGAGCUGAAGGAAAGCAGCCGAAGGAAUUGGUGCCCGGUGUGCAGGGUGGUGCGGCCCCCGAGGGCGGGACAUUGUCGGAUCUGUGGCGUUUGCGUGCUGCGUCUCGACCACCACUGUGUCUGGAUAAACAACUGUGUGGGACAGGCCAAUCACCGCAGCUUCCUGCUUACACUGGUCUUCUUCCUGUUGACGUCCGUGUACGGGAUCAGCCUGGUGCUGCAGACCGUGUGUCCGAAACAACACCUCUUCACCGCCCUGUUCUACUGCCCGGGGGUCUACAACCAGUACAGCACUGCACUUUGCUUUACCUGUGCCUGGUACAGCAGUAUCGUGACCGGUGGGCUCCUACACCUACUGGUGGUGCAGGUGAUCAACGUCAGCUACAACGUGACCGAGCGUGAGGCACGCGUCGCCCUGCGAGACAAAACCGCUCGCAGCGCCUACUGCGGACUCGUCGUGGACACCGGUGUCUACUCUCGAGGUUUCCGUGGCAACUGGGCAGAGUUCAUGACCAUGGGAGAAAAAAUGAAUCUUCCCUCUCCUGCCCCAACAGACCUGGUUGCCUUCAUGGGAGUCAGCACACAAGAACAACGUGAGAGUGAGUAAUCUGUUGAACCUCUUAGGGUCAUUGUCUCCAAGCACACCAUCGGCAACAAGAUGACGUCUCUCCGGAGUUGGUCAGACUUGCACAAAGCAUAGGCUGAACAUUAUUUCAAGGAUGGUGUCUUUGCACUCUACACAUCUCUCCACAAACACUUCGCUGUUGACCUUGUGAAAUGUGUUAUGGAUAUUUAUCACAGAUAAUGAAACAUCUCAGCACAAGCCAUGUAAUCAGGCUAAUUUAAGUUAUACAGUGUGCAAUUUCUGGGGGUCCAGUUGUGUUUGUAUGAAAUACAUUUUAUUUAUUUAUAUUAAAUGAAUGUAAAAAAUG